AUGAGUCAUAGAAAGUAUGAAGCACCAAGACACGGUUCUCUUGCAUUCCUUCCAAGAAAGAGGGCAGAGAGAAUAAGACCAAGAAUUCCAUCCUACCCACAGGAUGAUGAGACACAGAAAGUGCAUCUCACCACAUACUUUGCAUACAAAGCUGGUAUGACCCACGUAUUAAGAGUGGGAGAGAGAGAAGGCAGCAAGCUUAACAAGAGGGAAAUAAUUGACCCAGUGACCAUUCUGGAGACACCAAAGUGUGUAGUAUUCGGAUUAGUUGGGUACAAGAAGACCCCAAGAGGCUUGGUCAAUGUCAAGACAGUUCUUGCAGAGCACAUUGACGAGUCUGUUAAGAGAAGAUACUACAAGAGAUACUACAGGUCCAAGAAGACCGCACUCUCUAACUACCCACUUAAGUACAAGAAUGGAGUUAUUGAGCAGGAAAUCCAGGCCAUCAGAGACAAUGCAGAUGUUAUUAGAGUUUUAAUCCACAGUCAAGCACCAAAGAUUAAGGCACUUAACACCAAGAAGGCCCAUAUCAUGGAGUCCCAGCUGAAUGGUGGAUCCAUCCAGGACAAGAUUGACUUUGCUCUCUCUAACUUUGAAAAGGAAAUAUCCGCUCCAGACUGCUUCUCUAAAGAAGAAAUGAUUGACAUCAUUGGAGUAACCAAAGGAAAGGGAUUCCAGAGUUGUACCAAGAGAUGGGGAACUACUAUCCUCCCAAGAAAGACAAACAAAGGUCUUAGAAAGGUUGCAUGUAUUGGUGCUUGGCAUCCAAGUAGAGUCAUGUACUCCGUGCCAAGAGCUGGUCAGACCGGUUUCCACCACAGAGUCAUGCAGAACAAGAGAGUAUACUUAGUUGGAGAUGGGCAGUCCACAGACUCCUGCAAGACAGAGUACGAUCUUACUGAGAAGACAAUCAACCCAAUGGGAGGAUUCGCUGGAUACGGAUAUGUAAACAACGAGUUCAUCAUGGUUAAGGGAUCUGUAGUAGGACCAAGAAAGAGAGUUCUUGUCCUUAGAAAGAUAGUUGGAAGAAAGUUCAAGAGCGGAAAUGCUGAGACCAUCAACAUCAAGUUCGUCGACACCUCCUCUAAGAUUGGAAGUGGUAGAUUCCAAACCUCUGCUGAGAAGAAGCAGUUCUACGGAAAACUUAAAUCCGAUAUUACAGCUGAGAAUGAACAGGAAUAA